UUUUCCAUUUUGAUAAAAGCUGCCAACCGAUUGUCGUUUUUAGAUUUGGUUAGUAAACUUUACUUCGCAAGUACACUGAACUGGAACAUUUGUAAAUUGUGAUGUUAUUGUUGGCAUUGUGGUGACAUAACUAAGAUAAGAAAUGUUUGGAAACCUGGGAAACAAACCAGCUUUCGGGGCGGCAGCCCCGAGCACUUCUUUUGGUUUCGGGCAAAACGCCAAUACAACCAACCCAUUUGGACAAAAUCAAAACCUCUUUUCCAAACCCGCCGCGGCUUUUGGAAGCACUACAACUUCGACGUUCGGUCAACCUGCAGGAUCUUCCAUGUUUCCGUCCACACAGCCCCAGCAGUCGAACUUAUUUCAAACCAAUACUAGCACCUUUGGGGCUGCGCCCACCACUCAAUCGGGCUUUGGCUCCAAUUUAUUUGGCCAACAACCAGCAGCUGGUGGCUUAUUUAACACUACUUCAACAUUUGGGCAGCAAAAUAAGCCAACAACAUUCGGCUUUGUGGGAAAUCAGACUCAGCCUACAUUAUUUGGUUCACCUCAACAACAACCAACAUCUAGUAUUUUCACUCCAUCUGGAGGUACAGGACUUUUUUCAAGUUCUACAGGGUUUGGUGGGCAACAAACUGGGACCGUCAUAAAAUUUAAUCCAGUGACUGGUACAGACACCAUGAUGAAAAAUGGCAAUGCGCAAAAUAUCAACACCAAGCACCACAGUAUAACCUGUAUGAAGGAGUAUGAAAAUAAAUCUUUUGAAGAGCUGAGAUUUGAAGAUUACCAAGCCAAUAGAAAAGGUCCUCAACAAAUGCCUGGAUUUGGUUCUUCCACUUUUGGUGCUCCAGUAUCAUCUGCUCCAACCUUAUUUGGACAAACAGACGCCAACAAACCAGCGUUUGGCCAAAGCACUGCAUUCGGUCAAACCACAGCUCCAUUUGGGCAAACACCGAGCAGUGGAUUUGGACUGGGCCAGAACACCACCGCCAGCCCCUUUGGGGCCAAACCAACUGGUUUUGGAGCACCUACAAGUUCAGCGUUCGGAUUUGCAACCACCGCUGCCCCAAAUGCUAACCCAUUUGGAGCAAAUCAAGCCGCGAAACCGUUCGGCGCUGCACCAACGCAACCUUUGUUCAGUACAAAUACUACUCCCCAGACUAGCUCGGCGUUCGGCACUGGGUUAUUCACAAACACACAGAAUGCUGGCACCGGUUUGUUCAACAAGCCCGCUCAGCCCGUCCCGGCGUUCGGUACGACCGGUCAAAAUCCCGGAUUCUCUUUCAACACGCCAGCAUCGACACAAUCGUCGUUGUUCAACACCGCAUCGAAGCCUUUGUUUGGAACAACCAAUACGACACCAGCUUUCGGUUCCAACACGUUCGGCACCAACACUACAGGGUUCAACAGCACCUUCGGCAAACCUGCACCGGCUUUCGGCGCGCAGACGCAGUCCGCUUUCGGUAGCACACUCGGAUCCAUGACGAAUUCAAAUACCGGCGGCAUAUUUGGCAACGCGAACCAGCAAAAGCCGGGCGGCGGCCUAUUCAGCUCGGGCACUACCGGUUUAUUUGGCAACACCGCCGCACCCUUCCAGAGUGGUACCGGCUUCGGAUUGGGACAGCCUCAACAGCAAACGUCCAUGCUGAAUGUGCAAGACCAGCAACCGAUCAACAAUCUGGCACUGUUGACCAACGACCCUUUUGGGGAUGCGCCCCAUUUGGCCGGGUUGGAACCCAAGUAUAACACCGGCAAAACUGCAGUCGUGUCGACGACGAACCCCAAGGAACUCAAGUCGUUGCUGGACGCGUCGAAGAAGAUUGACGUGUCGCAUAAUUCGAAGCUGAGAGUCACUCCUUUGAAGAGUAUUAGGGACAGCUUGUUCGACAGCAUACCGAAAAGCGAGGAAAUGAUCGGCAAUUCUCCAACGGGCGGCUAUCAAAAGAGCAGCUGCCGCCGCUUGGUGCUCAAGUCGAGGUCGAGUAACGAUAAUUCGUCCGGUUUACUGAGCUCCAACAUUUUAGACGUGCUCAAUACCGAGAACAAAGAGAACUUGUCCGAGACGAAGACGUCCUCGGAAGGCAAACCCGCUCCCUUGCGGCUCGACUUCAACAGUAGUACUACGGCUAACGAAACCGUUUUGAAUAAUUCGAUAGAAACGCAAACUUACAUCAACAACGACAGUUCUGUCAGGGAUGUUGUAGGUAACGAUUUGCUUACGUCAGACGUCAACGACGAACCGGACGAGCCUCGAACCACCGUACCCGACGAGAGAAAAGUUCAUCCCACUGGGGUCAUAUGUACCCGCCCCGAAUAUUACACCCUACCCAAUUUAGACGAACUCUCCUUGGACCAAAACGGAUGCUGUUUUGUAAGAGGGUUCACCAUCGGUCGGCGUGGUUACGGAAACGUUUACUUCCCUGACGAAAUGGACGUCGCCGGUCUGAACAUAGACGAGCUCGUACAUUUCCGAUAUAGGGAGAUUAACGUUUAUCCGGACGACACGAAAAAACCGCCGGUGGGGAGCGGUCUGAAUCGCAGGGCGCAAGUCACCCUCGACAAUGUAUACCCUAGGAAGGCGGGCAGCAAUGUCAUCGUCAAGGACGUCGACGAUCUCGUCCAAAUGAACUUUGCGGAGAAACUGAGACGCGUGACGGAGAAAAAGGGCGUGCGCUUCGUGGACUAUAGACCAGAGACCGGCAGUUGGGUUUUCAAGGUGGACCAUUUUUCAAAGUACGGCUACAACGACAGUGACGAAGAUAACGAUCAGUACGAAAUCGGCGACGUGGUCCAGAAGAGCAAGCGGGAGGUCGCAAACGGCAACGAGAAGGUCUCCGAAAGGGCGACGAAAGAAAGUGCGAAAAUAUUGCUCGGGAAAAAGGGCUCGCCGCUCAUUGGAGCAGAAGGUGACAGGCUCACCAAAUCGACGGGCUUUGGAUUAGAAAAAGAUAUUUUCGUCAACGACGACGACGAUCAAUCUGAUAAGAACGACCUUCUACAUCAAAGCAUGCUGGUCGACGACUUCUUCGAUGAAGACUACCACCGCAUACCGCCGGAAGUCCCCAUGGAUUUGCAUUUUGGGUCUUAUGAGAACAGCAGGAACAUUCAAGUUAUGAAAUCUACACUAUUCGCUGAGGACGACCGAUUAUCCGACGGUACCGGCAGUCACAUUUCCAUAUUAAAGCAGUACCUCGAUCUACCCGAAAUGGAUGACAUUCCUACCAUGCCGGUACUCCAGGAGGAAAUUUCGAUGCGCAAAAGGCCCCUGCUCAGACCCAAAGUAUGGACCGUCCUUAACGGAUACGAUACUCCGGGUUCCAUUGAUGUGGUGCUACCGAGCAGGUGUUGCACCGAUAUGGCGAUGCUCAAAGGAAAAUCUUUCAAAGUCGGUUGGUCCAAAGGAUUUAAUUUCACGGUUUACGGAGACGCGGAUCGCGAAUCCAACGGUGAGGUGAUGUUGAAAACGUUCAACCGAUCGCCCGAUUUCGAUCCGCUGAAGGACGUUUUGAUCGACGCCCUUCGCGUUGUUCUCGAAGAAUCGACGUUCGAACUGGGCAAAUCGCGAAUUCCCACUUUUAAAGUGGGCAAAACCAGCUCGUACCUUCAAAAACAAACCGCCCUUUUCGAAACGUUAGCCCUACAGUAUAACAGCAAGCAGUCCGUUUAUCUCUACAGCAUUUGGACACUGUGUACGGCGCUUUGGGGCCCCGCCGAAAACACCGUUUCCAACCGGAGGCAUUUGCUCACCGAGUGGCUAAAAGUCACGACCAUUUCCGAUGAGUUGCCUCUAAAAACCGGCCGAUUCGGCUCCGUGGGCGAAGCGGUCGAGUCUAUAUUUGCCCAUUUGUCCACUUUUCAAAUAUUCGAGGCCGCGAGUAUAGCGAUGAACGGCCGGUUGCCCAGUUUGUCUCUGUUGAUUGCCCAGUUGAGCGUGCCCAACGCGACUAAGACGCUUCUACAGGAACAGAUCGACAUCUGGUACAGUUCCCUGGCGGCCAAUCACAUCUCCGACGCCAUGAAGAAGCUCUACUUGCUUCUGUCCGGCGUUCCCACCAAAGACGGCGUCAAUAUUUUCGACGGUAUCGAUUGGAAACGGGCGUUUGCCAUGCACUUGUGGUAUAUGUGCCCAGCUGGCGCGCCAGUAGAAAUGGCGAUUGAAUUAUACAAAAAAUCAUUCGAAGAAUUUUAUUAUGCCAAACACCCCAGUCCAGUCUAUUCGACGGAAUCGGGUUCCGACGAAGGUCCCUUUGACGUAAUCUACCACAUUCUCAUGCUGUACAAGUCCGGAAUACACAGACUGAGUAGCGUUUUAAAUCCGGCCACCGUCACAGACGAUCCCUUGGACUACAGAUUGAGCUGGCUUCUGCUUCAGUUGUUCCUGUCGCUGAAGGUAGGUCUGAUAGAGGUGUCGGAGGCCAAUAAACUGUGCACGAGUUUCUCGAAUCAAUUGGAGGAGCUCGGCCAUUGGGAAUGGGCGGUAUUCGUUCUUCUGUAUCUCGAGGACAGUUCGGCCAAGGAAACGCUAAUUAUGGGCAUUUUGGAUCGUAAUUUGAGCCCCGAGAGCGACGGCGAAAGGCAAGAAAUCGUCGACACCUUGAUCAACGACAUGCAUAUACCGGCCGAAUGGGUGCACAAAGUUAAAGGCUACAAGUGUCUGCACCUCGAACGAUACCUACAAGCGUUCAAUCAUUUCGCUCUGGCGAAAGACUACAUCGCGGCCAACAAUAUACUUAUCGAUCACCUGCUACCUAAUUUAUUCAUCAACGAACAAUUCGACGUCCUCAAAAACCUGGUGGACAAGAUAUCCUCCGGAUCCAAGGGUAUUAGACAGUGGCACAAUCAAGCCGGGUUGUUCUACGAGUUUUUGGAGCUGCAAGAGCAGACUUUGACGUCGGUGCCGGAGUCUUCGAUCGAAUUGCGGAUGAAGCUGAGCUCGAUCAGCGGCAGGAUCGGCAAUUUCCCGCUGAACAGCGACCAGCAAAAGUUGUGCGUUGCUGAAUUGUCAAAGCGAUGCGCUCUGUUAUAUAAGGAGCUCUGCAAAACUAUGCAAUGGGAAGUGUUUUUCUUAUCGUACAACCAGUUCAUAGAGUCGCUGAUAAUGCCUCCGGAUUUCAAGCAAACUGAGGGGUUGUAUUUCAAAUAACGAGGUAAGCUUAAUCUUGGCAGUGAGUAGCGUUCAAUUUGUGAUCGUUCGGUUUGGGAGCAUUCUUAAUGAAAGCAUUUUUCAGUUAGGGAUAGGGCUUUGAUUCUGAAAUGUAAUUACCAAAAAAGUCUGUUAUGUUACUGAAAUUUUUAGGGAAUAUUCCGUGAACUGAUAAAAAAUGUUUAAGUAUGAGAGGUAACUAUUCUAAUUAUGCUGUUGUGAGUUUAUAGGAGUUUGUGCUGAGCCGGUAAAUCAUUUGUUUUUUUGUUUUUUAAUUGUGGGGAAUAAUUGAAUAUAUUCUACUAAAGUGUCCUAGUUGUGCUGCGCGAGCUUUUUUCUAUACAAAUUUUUAUUUUUACAUGCGGUAUUUGUUUUAUUUCUUUGUCAUAAGUAAAUGUUCAUUAAAUUGCUGAGGUACCUCCGAUUCCUUUUAAGAUAUUAAACUGUUCUGAACAUAAA